GCAAAAAGUAAACAACGCACGUGUGGAAAUUAAACUCGGAAAGUUUAUUCUCAGCAUAAUUUUAAUUUUAGUUUUUGGAAUUUAAUUAUUAUUUGUCAACUCGAAAGAUGCCACACAUCGACACCGAAGACUUUAUCCAGCUACAAAAGGACAUAACAAAAGUCCGAAAUAUUUGCAUUCUAGCUCAUGUUGACCAUGGAAAGACAACUCUAGCCGAUUCACUUGUUGCUAGCAAUGGAAUAAUCUCACAACGUAUGGCUGGGAAGCUACGUUACUUGGACAAUCGAGAAGAUGAACAGGAACGUGGAAUCACCAUGAAAAGCAGCAGUAUUUCGUUGUACUACCGAGACGAAGAGAUGACAAAGAAUAAGGAUUAUCUUAUAAAUUUGAUAGAUUCUCCAGGACAUGUUGACUUCUCCAGUGAGGUAUCGACUGCUGUGAGGUUGUGUGAUGGAGCUAUUGUUGUGGUUGAUGUUGUUGAGGGAGUAUGUCCGCAGACUCGAGCAUGUCUUCAACAAACCUACGUAGAACAUCUGAAACCAGUUUUGGUUCUAAAUAAGAUCGAUAGAUUGAUAAUGGAGAAGCAAAUGACUCCCAUUGAUGCCUAUUUUCAUAUCUCUCAAGUUCUUGAGCAAGUCAAUGCAGUUCUUGGAAGUGUCUUUGCCUCCGAUGUGUUGUCAAAGGAAGACACUUCAAAGAAAGACAAUCAUGAGUCUGCUCUCGAAGAUGUUGAUGACUCUGCUCUCUACUUCACUCCAGAAAAUGGAAAUGUCGUCUUCUGUUCAGCCUUCGAUGGAUGGGCUUUCUCCAUAGGUGACUUCUCCAGGACCUAUGCCGAGAGACUGGAAAUCCCACGCGAAGAACUCGAUAAAGUUCUAUGGGGAGAUUUCUAUUAUAAUUCCAAGAAGAAAUGCGCCAUGCCUGGAGCUCAAGAAAAGGCCAAAAAGCCAAUGUUUGUGCAAUUUGUCUUGGAGAACAUAUGGAACUUGUAUGAUAUUAUUGUGGUAAGAAAAGACAAGGAGAAGUUGCCUGUGAUAGCAGAGAAACUUGGCAUCAAGCUUAGUCCGAGAGAUCUCAAGAUGGGCGACGUGAAGUCGCAAAUCAAGGCUGUCCUUGGGCAGUGGCUUCCUGUGGACAAAUCAAUCUUGCACAUGGUUAUUCGACACAUUCCUCAGCCGAAUGUGAUUUCUGAUGAGAGAGCAGAGCGGUUGUUAUUCCCGACGAAUGUCGAGCUCACCACAUAUCCCCCAGAGACGUUGGCAUUCAAAGAGGAAUUCAAAAAGUGUGAUGCUUCGAGUGAGAAUGUUGUUGCAUUUAUAUCAAAGAUGACCUCGUACCAUACGUCUCAAUUGCCGGAGAACAAACCAAAGCGUAUGACGGAGCAAGAGAUGUCGGAACGACGAGCAAUCAUUCGACAAAAGAUCGAAGAAAGAAAGCAGUUGGCUGAGCAAGCGGCUCUGGAGCAAAUCACAGCUGGAGUUCAAGAGAUGACUAAAGAACCAAGUCAAACAGAAGUUGCGAAACCCGAGGAGCCUCUACCAGAACCAGAAGAGAAAAAGGAAUUUGUCUUUGUUGCUUUUGCGAGAGUUUUCAGUGGAACUUUGAGAACUGGACAAAAGUUGUUUGUUUUAUCUCCAAAACACGAUCCCAGAAAUACGAAUCGAAUUGCUACAGAUUCACCUUUUGUAACCGAAGUUACUAUUGGAGAGUUAUACCUGUUUAUGGGUGGGGAACUUCAACACCUGGAUUCAGCACCAGCUGGAAGUAUUGUUGGAAUCGGAGGCUUGGAGAAUGAUGUAAUCAAAACAGCUACACUCAGUAGUACGACGUUUUGCCCUUCAUUUAGUGAACUUACCGUAAUGGCCACACCGAUUUUGAGAGUUGCCAUUGAGACAGUCAAUCCUCUGGACAUGCCUAAGUUGAUCAAAGGACUUAAACUUCUUAAUCAGGCUGAUGCUUGUGUCCAAGUUUCAGUGGAACCUUCAGGAGAACAUGUUAUUACCACUCUUGGUGAAGUUCAUGUAGAGAAAUGUGUUCGGGACCUAGAAGAAAACUACGCUAAGGUGAAACUUAAUGUCUCCAAACCAAUUGUUUCCUUCCGAGAAACCAUAGUUCCCGAAGCUACAAUGGAUAUGGUUAAUGAAGCAAUUGUCAAAACAGCCACUGACAAAGACAUCAGUAAAAAAGUUAUAACUCUUCAGACCGUCAAUAAAUUGGGAACAAUCAAACUCAUAGCUCUUCCUUUACCAGAAACUGUUGUAGAAAUUCUUGAAAAAUAUUCAACUGUUUUCAAGGAACUUUCAAACAUGACAAAAAAUUCUGUGAUUUCCGACAAAUACAAAACACUCCUUGGACAAAUUAAAAAAUCCCUCGCCACUGCACUUGAAGAACUCGACUUAAAAGCUCUCUCCAAUGCAACAUCGAAUCUAAUCGAUCGAAUCUGGUCAAUUGGACCGAGAAAAUGUGGAACAAAUAUUCUUCUCAAUCUUACUGAUUAUGAACACGUUAGUUUUUGGUUAGAUGAUCCUGAUUCGGUUAAAUCCGAGGCAAAUGCUGAACAUGAUGUACGUCGUGACUAUGAUAGUUCUUUUGUUAAUGGUUUCCAAUUGACAACGACAGCGGGUCCAUUGUGUGAUGAACCAAUGCAAGGAGUUUGUUUUGUUGUCUUAGAAUGGACUGUGGAUGCAAGUGAUGAAUUGAAUUCUAAGUCUUAUGGACCGUUUUCUGGUCAAGUUAUGUCAACAGCAAAAGAAGCAUGCAAACAAGCCUUUUGUAAACAACCUCAACGUUUGGUAACACCGAUGUAUAGUUGUAAUAUCGUUGUUAAUGCUGAAGUUUUAGGAAAAAUGUAUGCUGUUAUUGGUCGCCGACAUGGAAAAAUUGUAUCUGGUGAUUUAACACAAGGAAGUGGAAAUUUCUCGGUUAUGGCGUAUCUUCCGGUUAUUGAAUCGUUUAAUUUUGCCCAGGAAAUUCGAAAACAAACAUCUGGUUUGGCAGCACCGCAAUUGAUGUUUAGCCAUUGGGAGAUUAUUAAUAUGGAUCCAUUUUGGGUUCCCUCAACCGAGGAGGAGUACACUCACUUUGGAGAAAAAGCCGAUUCAGCAAAUCGAGCCAAAGUUUACAUGGACAGCGUCCGCAGACGUAAAGGAUUGUAUGUGGAUGAUAAAAUAAUUGAACAUGCUGAAAAACAAAGAACUUUAUCCAAAAAUAAGUAAACUAAAUUGUAAAAAUGUCUGUUUUUUUAAAGUAAAUGAAAUAAAGUGCACUUUUUUUAA